AUGGCUUCUCUAGAAUGGCUCCUUGAUCUAUGCGCCAUCGCAAAAACCUGUGGUAGCGGCAUCACCACUGACAACACGCCUCUGGAGCAUCAACUUCCCCCGAGCAAAGACCCGUGGUAUUCCGCGCCUGAGGACUGGGAGUCCAGACGGCCUGGCGAUGUUCUCCGCAUUCGUUCCGCAUCGAACCUCAUCUCCAUCGUCGAUGAUUCAGCAGCGGUAUAUCAUAUCCUCUAUCGGUCAACAGACUCGCGGGGACAGGCAUCAUGGGCUGUCACUACGCUUUUCAUUCCAACUUCAUGUUAUCGUUCCUCGUCAGGCAAAGCGGCGAUACUGUCGUACCAGUUCGCCUACAACACAUGCAACGUCGACUCCAGUCCAUCAUUGGCUUUAUCCGGUGCAAUGGCGAAGAGCGAACCGAAUCUCGGUAUUAAAUCGAGUACAUCUCUAGUCACUGAGAUGCUCUCUUUCGGGUGGAUUGUCAACACUCCGGAUCACCUAGGGCCAACUGCUGCGUUUGGUGCAAGUGUUCAAGCAGGCUAUUCAACCCUUGACGCUUUGCGCGCUGUUCAUAAACUUGUCAGUCUGAGGGAGAAUCCAGGCUUCAACACUGCGAUAUGGGGAUACAGCGGUGGCUCGAUUGCAACAUUCGCCGCGGCUGAGUUACAACCAUCCUAUGCACCAAAUCUGAACAUCUCAGCAGCUGUUGCCGGCGGUCUUGUGGAUGACAUCUCUGCCGCCCUCGACAAGAUCAACCAGAGUCCGAUCGCCGGUACUCUCAUAGCCUUCCUGCUGGGAAUCACCUCACAGUAUCCCGAGGAACGAGCUUACCUGGAGAGUCGGCUUAUCCCAGAGACGAAAGACGAGUUCAUGUCAGUAGUGAACAUCGAAGUUACUCAAACAGUCGGCAAGUACUCGGGAAAAGAUAUCUAUGCUUUCUUCAAAAAUGGCGGCGCAGACCUAAGAGCUCCAAUUUUACAAGAACUCUAUGAUAAGCAAGCAAAACUAGCAUACAGAGACGUGCCUAUGAUGCCGAUGUUUCUGUACAAGGCUAUACAGGAUCAGUUUUGUACUAUCGAUCUCACUGAUGCUACGGUUGCUAGACUCUGUGACAACGGAGCGGAGAUUACGUUUGAGAGGAAUACAGUGGGAAGUCAUGUAUCUGAGAUUGAGAAUGGAAAACCAAGGGCGUUUGAGUUCUUGCAGAGUAUCUUUGAUGAGUCGUACAAGUCUCCGGCUUUGAAGCGGAAUGUUUUGGAUGUAACGGUGGAUGUUUCUUCACAGAGCAAGUGA